AUGAUAUCCAAUAAAAUUUCAGAUAGUAACGAAAUUAGUGUUGAAAAUAAAAGCAAAUAUAGUGAUAUCGAGUAUCUUACACGUGUCAAAUUAGCAGCAGCCUAUAGAUUGGUUGCCCAUUAUAAAUGGGAUGAGGUUAUUUAUAAUCAUUUAACAGCAAGAAUUCCAGGUACCGAUUAUAUACUUUUAAAUCCAUUCGGAAUGAGAUUCGAUGAAGUUACAGCAAGCAGUUUAGUUAAAUUAGAUUUAGAAGGUAAUAUUAUCGAUGAAGGAUCCAGUAAUUUGGGUAUCAAUAGCACAGGUUAUGUAAUUCACGGUGCCAUUCAUCGUGCACGUCCAGAUAUCGAAUCGACCAUGCAUACUCAUGUCAAUGACGUAGUUGCCGUCGCAUGCUAUAAAGAAGGUUUAUUGCCAAUCAGCCAAAAUGCAUUAAUUGUCGGUGAUGUAUCUUACCACGAUUACGAGGGCAUCUCUGUCAAUCUAGAAGAGCAAGGUCGUAUCGUCAAAUCAUUAGGUUCAGAAAAUAAAUGUUUAAUUUUACGUAAUCACGGUAUUGUAACUUGUGGCAACUGUGUAGAGGAGGCCUUCUAUUUCCUCUAUCAAUUAACCAAAGCUUGCGAAAUCCAAGUUAAAAUGUUAAGUAUCGUUGGUGGCGAUACCUCAAAACUUACAAUUCCAUCCGAGGAAAUUAAAGAUUUUGUUAUUAAAACUGCUCGUUCAUUCACAAAACAAGGUAAUGGUAAAAAAGAAUUUAAAGCUUUGUAUAGAUUAAUUGAAACUAUUGAUGACAGCUUUAAAAAUUAA